GAUUUUGAGUAGAGCUUAAAGACAUCCAUGGGUUUCGAAAGAAUCAAAGGGCUUUCACAGGAAUAUCGUUGCCUCAACUAUUGAAGUAAUCUCGAUGUACUGAGACUGCGUUCAAUCCCCCUGAAUGAGCGUCCUGCUGAUUAUGAUUCUGGAGAGGAAGCCGAAUCCGGUUCUGAUAUGGAGGUGUACGAUCUGGGCAUCCCCACGGAUAUGGAGCGCCACAUCUGCCCGAUCAGGAGCGCCCUUGACCACGACCAAGUCCUCUCCCGCGUGGCCCUCAAUAAGAUCCGUACCUUCCUUCCUCCACCGUUCGUCUGGAGUGUGAGAGGCGCUGAGCAUGUGAUGAGGAGACGUCCGGGGAUGAUCAUGCUUCACCUGGAUUCCGUUGAAGCCAGGCUGCGGUUUCCACUUCAUGCGUUCUAUGUGGAGUUCUUCCACUGUUUCCAGGUGGCCCCGGCGCAAUUCAUGCCAAAUUCUUAUAGAUUCAUAUCGGCCUUCUUGGUGCGCUGCAAACUUGCGGGGGUCGAUGCCACUCUGGAGCUCUUCCACUAUUUCUACCGCGUCACUCCCCAGAAUGCCGACGGGUAUCUGAGCGUGGCCGCACGUCCUGGGAGGCGGCUGUUCAAGAGCUACCCCUCGUCCAUCCACGACUGGAAGAACCGCUUCUUCUUCCUUCGAUACGACGGGCCUCCUCUCCCUCUCCGGUGGAAUGGGUAUCCCCCAAAGAUUGAGUCACCGGAGCCGACCGACGAUCUGCUUUUGGAUGCGGAGAAGGUGUUGGAGGGUGGCGUCCGUCCCAUAGCCGGGUAUCUGACCUUCGAGGCACUCUCCGGGGCAGGCAUAGGUUCUCCGCCAGAUCGAGACCAGAUGAAUCACGCCGAGUGUUUGAAGACAAGGAAGGCCAAAGCGGCCGCUGCUAAAGCCGCACUGGCGAAAGCCAAGAAUGCCCCCGCCCCGGAGUCCAACUCCUCGGCUUCUGACGCUGCCCGGCGAACCGCCGAGGGUGAGCAGCACCUGAUUGCCACUAUGCUGGCUCAGGGUUCCGGGGCCCCUGCUCUUGAAGCUGCCCUUCCACCACCGGCCGUCCCGUCGAAGGCGGCUCCUCAAAAGGGGACGGAGAAGGUCCCCGAAAAGAAACAAAAGAGGGGCCGCGAGGCAGUCUCCACCGGGCCCCUGCUUGAAGAUGCCGGCUCCUUGCCAUUGAGCCGCCCGGCGGAAGAGCUUUGGAGGGAGAUGGCCCUCAAGGCUGGCCUAGAGCUGCCCAGCCGUUCGUCUUCUGAGGCGACCAGCGCUGCCCUGGCAGCCGCUCUUCAGUCUGGGCUCCUUGUCCUUCAAGCUGAAGCUGCCCGGGAGGCCGAUCUCAAGGAGGCCAAGGCUAAGGCCGAUGCGGCCAUUGCUGCGGCUCGGGAGGCCGCCCGUCGAGCCGAGGCGGAGGCUGCGGCCAAGGGGAGGGAGAUUGCAGCCCUGCAGGCUGAAUCCCGCAGCCAGUUGGCCGGUCUUGAAAGAGCCGGUUUCAAGCUUGUUCCGGUGCUCCCUGCCGCCCAGGACGCCACUCCGGAGUGGUUAGUCGACACCUCCGGUUACAGGAACACCGGGGAGUUCAUGGAUUCCGCCAAGGAUUAUUGCGCCGGAGCCUUCGGUGAUGUGUUCUCUGCGGCACUGGAGAAGAUCCCACCCCGGCAGCGUCUGGCGAGCGGGGUCCGGAUUCUGGAGAGCUCCCCCUUGUCCCACAAGUUCCUCUACGAGGUCGGCGACAGCUCCUUCGCCGCUGGUUAUAAUGAGGGGGUCAAGGCCACCCUUCCCAUCUUCUCAAGGCUGCAGGGGGCCGACUUCGAGCUCGCUGCAAAUACGGACGACGAUCUGCUGCUCCAAGCCUUGGGGAAGUUGGGGAGAGACCAACGGCGGGAGGAAGCCAAGGCUAAAGGGGAAAUUCCGGAACCCCCAUCCCCCGAGCCCGAGGAAGAGGAGGAGAAGCUGAACCAGGGUGGCAGCCGACCGGGAUCCCCCUUCUUUGUGUAAUGUAGUUUGUAUUUUUCCAUUCCAACUUUUGUAAUGUCCGGCCGUUAGAGCCGAAGAAUAGACAUCCUUUCGCCCAUAAUUGUUCCAUGUUCGUG